AUGGCGGAAACUAGUGUAAUCAAUUCUUCAAAUAACAAUAAAACACUCUGGUAUGAACCAUUUUUGGAUCGUGGUAUUAUUCCCGAUUUUGUUAUGCGUCUUGGUGUGAGAAAUUUACUACAAGAUAGAUUGAAAGAAAUUAAUCUUGGCGAUGUACAAAAGAAUAAGCAAAGAAAAACAAUAUACAUCAAUCAACUAAAAGAAAGACCUAUUGCUGAACAUACAAAUAAAGCUAACGAACAACAUUAUGAGGUCUCUACAGAAUUCAUGCAAACAUGUUUGGGCAAACGAAUGAAAUAUUCAUGUUGCCUCUUUCCAAAUGGAAAUGAAACAUUAGAUGAAGCUGAAGAAUGCAUGUUAGAAUCUUAUUGUGUUAAAUCUCGCUUACAAGAUGGAAUGCAUAUUUUGGAUUUAGGCUGUGGCUGGGGUAGUUUAUGUUUAUAUUUAUGCGAGAAAUAUCCAAAUGCAAAAAUUACUGCUUUAUCAAAUUCUAGUACUCAGCGUGAAUACAUUAAUGGCAUUGCUCAACAAAAAGGGUUUAAAAACUUAAAUGUCAUUACUGCGGAUAUAAAAGAAUUUGAUUUUGAAGAUGAAUCAAAAUUUGAUCGUAUAUUAUCCAUUGAAAUGUUUGAACACAUGAAAAAUUACGAAUUUUUAUUCUCAAAAAUUUCAAAAUGGUUAAAACCUCAAGGGUUAUUAUUUAUUCAUACUUUUUGCCAUUACGAGCAACCUUACGAUUUUGUUAUUGACGAUGGUUGGAUGGCAAAAUAUUUCUUUACUGGUGGAACAAUGCCAUCAGCAGAUUUGUUUUCUCACUUUCAAACUCAUCUACGUGUUGUUGAUCAUUGGACUGUUAAUGGUAUUCAUUACGGUAAAACUUCCGAAGAAUGGUUAAAAAUGAUGGAUAAAAACAAAAUUCAAGCCAUAAACCAUUUAAAAACAACUUAUGAUAAAGAUGCCAUUACAUGGUUUUACCGAUGGCGUACUUUUUAUAUAGCUGUUGCUGAAUUGUUUAAAUAUAAUAAUGGUAAUGAAUG